GUCGAAGCCUGGCUCGAAGGUAACGGUAACACGGCAAGUCGUCGUAUUCUGGAAGAUCAGCUUCCCAAUAAGACCUGUAUUUACUUUGCAUGGAGCGUGCUGGCAACGGAGGCUGCGGUGGUGGCAACCAAGCCAUGCUGCAAAGCAGCAGCAGCUACUGCUGCGGCAGCGUCGGGUGCGCCCGUUGCUGCCACUUUGCCUGACGCGGUCAUUUACACCGUCGUGGCAUCAGCUGCGUACACUACGCUUUGCUUCGUUGCGAUGGCGCUCUUCCCGCGGAAGUCUGCCAGGCUCUUCUCGUCCUUUUGGCCGUUUAUUCCCCUUUCUCUUGCUUAUCUGGCGUUGCUUAUUUCAUCUUGGUCGCCAGACACGCUUCAGAUAAUGAUGCCCGGCAGCCUAGCUGCAGGAUUCUCAGGCGGCUUCAACCCGCAGUUCUUCCCCCGCCUGGAGGGUAUUUGCACGUUGUUCAGUCGCCUGGGUGUGACUGCGUCCUGGGUGCUGCAUGUGCUGGUCAUCAACCUGUUUGCGGGCAGGUGGUGCCUCCUGGACGGUUUGCGGCUGGGCAUCCCCACAUCCCACAGCGUGUUGUUGUGCUCCGUCUUCGGACCUCUUGGACUGCUCUCCCACUUCCUCACCAAGUUGAGCUUCUCAUACCCCACCGGUGGGCCCCUUUUUAAAAUCCAACUGACAUACAGCAUCUAG